CCGAAUCCAAAUAAAAGGCCGCUCUUUCGGCCUUGGGCCGGCCUCUCUCGUUCGUCCCUCUUUUCUAGUGAACCCAGUUCUCGAGUCUCGGGACAUUCUAAUAUUCUCUGUAACAGGAAUAGAUUUUGAUUUUUUUUGAUACCUUUACCUUCUUUCCUGUUUGGCGCUCUCUGGCUUUUGUAAGGCCGAUCUGUCAAGGCUGCGUGCUGGAUUAGUUUGGUUUUAGGUUUUUGCGAGUCGAUUUCCGAGUUUGGUGUUAGUCUGAAAGAAAUAAGCUGGGGAGUAUACGACGAAGUAUCUUCAGUUCUUCAGUAACAAUAGAAAGAGACAGUCAAAGAGAUGCAAUGUCUUCCCAUUCAAAGUUGUCUGGCAUGCAAAAGCAGGUCUUGGGGCUAUACAGAAGCUUUCUUCGAGUGGCACGUUUGAAGACCCCAGAAGAGCGUUGUAGAAUUGAGUCAAAAAUCUCAGAUGAGUUCCGCCAUAAUGCAAAGAAUGUUGAUCGCAAGAAUUUCCUUUACAUUGAGUAUUUGCUGCGACGGGGAAAGAAGCAGCUCGAGCAACUUAAGAGUCCUGAUACUGUUGGAUUAUAUGCCUUCAAAGUCACUCACGACAUCUGUCGCGACAAGUACCCAAUCUAAUGACCAGAUCUCCGAGCCUGCAUCUGAUGAACCCCAUGGUGACAAACCAGGCAACAGCUCUCCAGCAAGUUGAUCUUGACAACAUAAUACAUGCUACCUCUUAAUAAACACAUGGGACAUGGAAUUUGUCAGUUGCAUUUCUGUGAGAUGUUUAACUUGACAGAUUCUCCAAUUCAUAUCUGGCAGCAAAUUAUCAGAGUUGGACUGGUAUUCAUAAAAAUGAGUUUUGUAGCCUGCAUCACCAGAAUGGGUGCCAUGGAGCUUGCACAAAUAAAAAGAUGGUUGACCCACAUUUGCAUGGAGAGAUGCAGAUCCACUUCAUGAUAGGCCACUGUGAACUAACAAAUGUAAUUUCAGGAAAUUUACCACUAGUUGAGAUGAAACGCAUGAUUAAUUGACCAUAAAUGUAGCAAAUUCAGCAUCCCAAAGCAAAUGUGUUCUUUUAUUCAGAGAAAUGGCAUUCUUUUACGCCACCAAAUAUUCACUUGCACCUCCUACCAUUCAACCCUUAUGUAAGCCAGGGGCAUCUAAAAGCUUCCUUUUUGCUGCCCUCCAACUAUUAAUAGGGGCAGCUACUCCAUUUAAACCAGCUGAAUGAGAUGGUAAAAUUUGUUCCUCUGAGUCAGAGGAUUAUCUGGCAUCUGGUAUCUCCCAGUCAAAUAAUUUGUUGAACAUUAUACAGCUGUGCUUUCUUUUCCCUGAUGUGUAACAUGUAUGAUGCUAUGUUCAAGACCAUACCUGCACACAUGCCUAUGAUCAGUGGACUUAUAUUACUGCUUCAUAAUGCAUAUGUCUUUAUAUAUUUAA